CUCGCAACCGGAAUGGAAUCCUCAAAAGUUCUUCGUCUAUUUCGUUCGCUGAACAUUCCUAACCUGAAGCAACGGGAGCUGUCGAAUAUCUUAAAGAAUUAUGUCAUUCCCUCAGUUUAUGAAGUGUGGAAAGGGGAACAAUCCGCUAGGUUACGGGAUAUAGGAGAUGAACGAAUUGUCAUUGCAUCGGAUAUGCGCGUUGAUAGUCCUGGUCACAGUGGGCUUUUUGGAUCAGGCAGUACGCUGGACAUGGGACGGAAUAUCAUAUUAGAUACCCAAGUAAUCAAAUCCACUGAAGUGAAGAAUUCCAACGCUAUGGAACUGGAAUCCCUUAAGAGACAGUUGAAAUACUUGGAGGACAAUGGCACUAAAGUUGACAAGUUAGUUACAGAUAGGCAUAUCCAAGUGUCCGCAUACAUGGCAAAUGAGAAGCCACAGGUGGAGCAUGCCUAUGAUGUAUGGCAUGUAGCAAAGGGAGAAAAAAAGAAGCUAACAAAAGUCGCCAAGAAAAAGAAAUUCAGGAAAAUUCAGCCAUGGAUUGGGUCAAUCAUUAAUCAUAUUUAUUGGGUUGGUGACUCCAGUGAGACUGAGGAUGAAAGAGAGGAAAAAUGGCGCAGUAUUCUAAACCAUAUAAUCAAUGUUCAUGAACAUGCUGGCCAUAAAGUGUUUGUAAAAUGUCUCCAUGGCACAAUUGAAAGAGACUGGAUUAAAAAAGGAUCAGCUGCUCACAAAAAAUUGGAAGAGAUGUUAACAAGGCCACGGCUCAUUUCUGCAAUCCGCAAGUUAUCGAAAUAUCAUCAGACAUCUGGUUUGGAGGCCAAACAUGCUUUAGACAACUUACUGGCCUCAAAGAACACUUAUCAUUCCUAUCAUUCAUUGAGUGCAAGAUUGUACUGUUCAAACUUGCACUACAAUGAAAACAGCAACAGAAAGCAGGCAACAACUGCUGAUGGAAAGCUGAGAUGGGCCAUAUCUUAUCCAAAGGCUUUUAAAGGAGAGAAAGCUGUGGCAAAACCUUUAAAAGAAAAACCGACCUAUGAGUAUGUACAUUUGAUAUUAAGUCAAGUUAUAAAACUCCGAAAGCAGUACCCUACAUUGAAGAAGGCCAAAGAACAUGCAAGCAAUGUACUACCUCCAGAGCCACAAUCACUUGUUCAACAGUACUUGGCAGGAAAGGAGAGACCCUCAAAAGAACAAGUCGUAGCUAACAAGAAGUCACGAUUCAGUAAGCCAGCUUUACCUACAAGUGUAAAAAGAAAAGCUGGUGUCAAUCCUUGUGCAUGUAAAGGUAAAUGCGCAACACGAAAAUGUGACUGCAGGGCAGUGGGAACAAUCUGUGAUAAGGAAUGCAAGUGCCAAGAGGCCAAAUGUAUCAAUCGUGAAUGAGGUAUUCCUUUCACGCACAAAUAUAUAUAUAUAUAUAUAUA